GCCAUGGGUAAAAUGAACUACUCACGUACGUUCCGAAAACAUAACCUCUCAAUUCAAAAUAUGCACCAGGUUUGAAUUAAAACGAAUCAAAUUUCGAUCAAAUAAUGAGCGAUUCUGCUGUGGUAAUCAAGGCAAAACCGGAGAGAAAAGUGUUCAAAGCCAAGAAAGUCACGAAAAUCCCGGAAUCGAUAUCGAACAACGCGAAAUUGCAAUCAGCUAUUUCCCUGUUACCGAAGAACUACAAUUUCGAAAUUCCCAAGACCAUAUGGCGCAUACAGGAAUUAAAAGCGAACACGGUGGCUCUGCAAAUGCCGGAGGGUCUGUUGCUCUACUCCACGACUAUUGCAGACAUAAUCAAAGAGUUUUCCGGAGCGGAUUCCAUAAUAAUGGGGGACGUAACGUAUGGAGCCUGUUGCAUAGACGACAUAACAGCCAAGGCAUUGGGAGUUGAACUACUUGUACAUUACGGUCACAGCUGUUUAGUGCCCGCCAAUCAAACUUCCGGAAUCAAAGUCUUGUACAUAUUCGUAGACAUUAAAAUAGACCCGUUGCAUUUCAUCGAAACAGUUAAAUUGAACUUCAAAUCGUCCACCAAAAUAGCAUUAGUUAGUACAAUCCAGUUUAUCACGACUAUACAAGCGGUGAGCAAGCAAUUGAAAGAUGAUGGUUACGAUCUUUACAUACCCCAAUUCAAACCUCUAUCGCCCGGGGAAAUCCUAGGAUGUACGGCUCCGGUUUUGAAAUGCGCCGAAGUUCUAAUUUACAUAGGCGAUGGACGGUUUCACUUGGAAGCAGCUAUGAUAGCAAAUCCGAGAAUCGAGGCAUACAAAUACGAUCCAUACUCUAAAGAAUUCACGAGAGAGCACUACAACCAUGAAGAAAUGCUGAAGAUUAGACUGGAGAGCAUUCAGGAAGCUAGAAAGGCCGGAACGUUCGGUGUAAUAAUGGGUACUUUAGGGAGACAAGGUAAUCCAAAUGUAGUGGAUCGUUUGAGGAAACGGCUGGAAGAAACCGGAAAACAAACAAUCGUCAUACUGCUCUCCGAGAUAUUUCCAAACAAGCUGGAAUUGUUCAAUAAAAUCGACGCUUUCGUACAAAUCGCUUGCCCUAGGUUAUCUAUUGAUUGGGGAAGGGCCUUCAAGAGGCCCGUGAUAACGCCUUAUGAGGUUUCCGUGGUGGUCGGUGACGCGAAAUGGCGAGAGGGGAACGAGAGUUACCCGAUGGAUUUCUACGCCAACGCCAGUUUGGGGCCUUGGACUCCGAAUCACAAACCUGACACUGAUUUGGUUAACAAAUGUUGUGGGAAAUGUGUAUAGUUUAAGAUAUUAUGCCUCUAACGUUAAUUCUACAUUUUAAUUAUUGUACCAACUUAUGUAUAGUCUAGUGAUUGCCAUUGGUUUGUAGGUUCUUGAAAUUGAAUAAAUUUGCAUUAA